AUGAUAUCGAGCACCACUGGUCCCGAUAGCGAUCUGGAGAGGGUUCGCGGAUCCGGCGAUAGUGUAGAGGAGGCUCAUCGCGAGGCGAUGAUGGAUACCGAGAACAUGACCCGAGAGCAGCGUAUGCUCGUCUCGGUAGCGAUGGUUCAAUCUCGCGCAGACGAUGACGGAGGCGAUGGCUCUCCCGACGACGGGAUGACUCCCUACUGCUUCUACCCGGGAAAUAUUUUCGAGGAGCAGCGCCGACUCGAUCCGUCGCGAGCUCGUCCCCCUGUAGUUGAAGGGCAAGACUGGAGGAACGUUUUACCGACGCGAUCCACAUUCGAGUCGGUGACGAAGCUGCUGAAGAGAGGCAAGGCGACCGGGGUUACAUUCAUAAUCCCGUCAGAGACCCAAAGGCCGUGGUCCCCCCCGAAGGGAUAUCAGUGCGUAUACGAGUCGUACUUCGAAAAGGACACGAAACUAUGGUUUCCGAUUCCUCGACUCGUCACCGCCUACACGAUGCGCCGAGGAGUCGCUUUGAGCCAAUUCUUGAAUGGCGCUUGGCGUCUAGCAGUUGCGCUGAUGGUGAUUGGGGCGGAAGCUGGCGCUGCUCUCAGCGUCCGAGCAUUUGAGGAGCUGGUCUCGGUGAAGAUUAAUCGAGGCCUGUUAUCACUGAAGAUACGCCCGAACUAUAAUGUGGUAACGGGCUAUCCGACCAAGACGAACGAUUGGCAGCGAUCGUACUUCUAUGUUAAGUCCGAUCGCUCGGCUUUCGAGGAGCCGCUGAAGACCGGUUACCGUGUUCUUUGGAACAAUGAAUUUGGUAUUGAAUGUUCUUUAAUCUUUUACUGUUUCAGAUUCCUGACCAUCUCUUUUUCUCUUGUUUUGACAGUUCCUCACUCGAAUACCGCGGAGUACGAGGAAGAUUUCUUGGAGAGUGCUCGGGUUAUCGCGUCCCAGAAACAGGAUUUUUGGGAGAACUUCUCGUACAAGAGGAUUCGUAGGUCGAUUGGUCGGAUCAAGCAGCAGGUUUGGCGUUCGGACACCGUUCCUCUCAUCACCAAAAAGUCGAAGAGAAUCAACUUGUUCACCAAAGCCGAGCAGAUUGAAAUUAACCGAGCCAGAGCUAUGAGGGAACUGCCGGAUCUAAGUUUGGUGGUUGGGAAGCAACUCGGGUUCGUGGAACCGGACCAAAGCUCUAACGCAAACUCCUCUGAUCCCGGGGAGCCGAGGGCGACUGAGUCGGACGGGGCUCAGCUCGUGAGAAAGUCGGGGAGCAAGAGGAAGGAGAGGGGAGGCGUUUCUUCCGAGGAGAAGCAAGCCGAGGAGACUUCCACCGGUGGGGGCGCCGGAUCGGAGAAGAAGCGGGCGCGCAAGGAUCCCGUUGAGGUUCGGCCUUCCUCUGUGGAGAGAGGUGAGCUCCAGGCCUUGGACCCUAGCAACAAUUCUCGAGACGACGUUCUCCCGGAUCCGUCUCUCGAUGGUGGUCUUCAGGGGACUUCUUCUAAGGUGAAGAAGUCGAAAAAGAAUAAUAAGAAGAGUGCCGGCGAACCCUCGGGGCACGAGAUAGCGCCCAAUACGGAGAAGGAAACCGUGGAGGCUCCGACUACUGCCGUUUCCCUCCCAAAGGCGGCGGUUCGUGAAGAUGCCCGGGGAUCGAAAAGGUCCUCUCCGAAGGCUCAGGAGGGUAAGGCUGUGCCGAAGAACCUGCAGGGGUUUUGCCCGGAUAAAGUGGACUUCAUUUUCAAGCGGGACACUCCUCUCGUUUGUAACGAGAGAGAUUGCGCUCGUUUCGUCCGCCAAGUCCGGGGAAGUAGGGAGCAUCUCCCACUCGUCAAGGACUUAGUUUUCCAAAACGAGUACACCGCUGCUGCCGGUUCCUCGGUUAAGAGCCAAGGUGACUGGAACGAGGUCGUCCGCAUAUACGACAAGGAGCUGAAGAGGACCUAUGGUGUGAUUGAUAGGCAACGGCGCAACACCAAGGAGGCGACUGUCGCCUUAGAGGUCAUGCUCAAGAAGAAGGACGAAGCGGUUAUUGCAGAAGCGGCCAUGAGGGAUGAGCUCUUCCAGAAAGAGGCGGCUAUGAACAAGGAGCUGAAGCGAGCCCGGGAGUUGGUUAAAGCGCUCGAGAAAGAGAAAACCAAGCUGGAAAACGAGAAGAAGACCCUCGAGGAGGAGAAGGCGGCUGCUGCCUUAGAGCAUUCCAAGGAGAUGGAUCGUCUCCGAGAAUCGCGCCGCUAUGAGGUUACUCACGAACGGAUCCGAGUAAUGGCGGCGAUGCAUGGGAAAGCCGCCGCUCGCUUCCAGAGGAUCCAGGAUCGGGAGUCCCGUCGUGAUAACUUUGAGGAUGCGAGAUGCAUGCUCGGCCAGGCUCGGGGGAUGAGACGUUGCCUCGAAGGGAUGAAAGCGGCAGGUAAAAACAUCUCUCAGGGAGAUAUUGAUAUCUACGCCGGGCAAGAGAGGCAUUAUGAUGCGGAGGUGAAGCGUUUGAUCGUAGAUGAUCUUCUCGAGAAGGACCUUUCUUUAUCUCCUCUCGUGCUUGAGUCGAGGUUCGUUAUCCAGGAGAUGAUGGAUAAAAUCGACAAAUUUGGGUCGAACAUGGACUUGCUCGACUCCGAGGCCGCCAAGGCGCUUCGCACUCCCCUCAGAGCACCAGGGGAUCGAUCCGAAGAGCCGUCAAAGAGCCUUCUCGACACCGUUCAGUCGCCAGCUCGCCCUGAUGCUGUCCUCCCGGGUCAAGAAGUUGCCCUUAAGGACCCUUCCGUGGCUGAGGAGACGAACAAGUCAGCUCCCGACGAACCGAUCUCCAACACGCCGGUCAAUAUCUCCGACUCGCCGUCAUUCGAGGAUGCGGAUUCUGGCGCGAGUGAAGGACAUCUCGAGGGGGCGGACUCUGGCGCGAGCGAAGAACAUCCCGAGGAGGAUCUUCCUGCCUUGGAUUAGUAUCUGAUGUUUGUUGUAUCUGACUUUUGGCGCUUGUGCCUUUUAAACUAUUUCUUUUUUUCGGCUAAGGCCUUUUGUUGUAUGAACUACUGCCUUGCUUUUUCUUCAGACCUUUUAUGAAUUUUUAUUAUAUAUUUCAGUAAGUCGUUUCCACUUAGAAAUAUGUAAAUCGUUUUUGUUUUUAACCGAGAAAGGAUUCGAGCGGCUACUCGCGUUUGCCAGCGAGUUCCCACUUUUUCAGAUAGAACAGGAAAUUAGAGGCGGUUGCUCGUUCGAAUCUUCUUUAUUCAACUAAACUUUUACAAGUGGUUGAUCAAGUGAUUACAAAGAGAAUCUCUAAUCGUUCUAUUGAAUUACCGAGAAAAAGGUUCCGA